CGCGGCGGUACACUUGGUAGCGAUCGUGCGGCGGCCGGCUGGUAUGCCCGCGUUUGCCCGCGAGCGAUUGUUGUAAAGGUGGUUGUAAGGGUAGCAGGCGGACAGGCACGAAAUGUCCACGAAUUUGCAUGCCAAAAUCUGCUGGUUAAAGUGCCCAUUAAAGUGCGGCCAGCAAUUGUAAAGGCAAUUGUAAAGAUGUCUUUUGGCCCUCGGAAACCAACCAUACCGUCACGGCCUUCCCGUCCCGGUGUGGUGAAAAAACCCAUCAGCAAACCGGUAACGAAGAAUGAAGCGGCCGCAAAGCUACAACAGCAGCAAGCCAUCAAGCCGAAAGGAACAUCAUCCACCGGAGCCGCUUCCAAGAAGACGAUUGCACCCGUUGCACCAAAGCCAAGCCCCCCGAAACCUCCCACCCCGGAGCCGGUCUAUGAUUAUGAGUCGGAUUUCGAGUCCGAUCAAAGCAUGCCCAGCCCAGCGGGCGGCUCGUCUAGCACGGAAAGUAGCGCCGAGAACACGGAAUCCAACAGCUCCUCCUCGGAGGGAGGGGACGAUGAAGAGGAAGAAGAUGAGGGUGAGGAGGAGAAAAGGGAAAGUGUUCCACUGGAAAGGGCACCAAACGUUUCGGCACGUCCAGAGCUGCAAUUAAACACACCAUCGAUCGUCCCCAGAAAUGCAAGAAGCGUUGACAUUUUGAGUAAGAUCUCCCUCAACGACAUUACGGUGCAGGUGUACCGGUUCGAUCCGGAGGAGUACGCGGAGCUGAGAACUAGCUUCGGCAUUACCAGCAUGGUUGCGUACGGGAAGCACACGCAGACGGACUGCGGCAUGGUGUCCACGGUUUCGCAAACAUCCGCAAUCAGUGUACGCGAUCGUGCGACCUGUAUGCAUGAAGUGAUCCGUUCGCCGUACCGCGUUGAAGAGGAAGAGGAAGGGAUCGAUCGCAUGCAUGGAGAUGAUGGGGAGGAGGAGGAGGAGGUGCAGAAUUACAGCAGCUUGCAGAACAUUGAGCGUAUGUUUGGCACGCUUAACGGUGCGCUUGAACGACGAUUCUCCAAGGUCAGUGGUGGGGCGAGAUUAAUGCCCACCGCCGGACACGACGCACGAAAGCAAAGCCAGCAGCGAAGCAUCCUGCAGCUACUGCGCAAAGCUGCACCGAUCGUUGAGACAUUGCUGGAAUCGAGAAGAACUCGAAAUGAAGAGGACCAAAGCAGCUCCAAUCACAGACAGCAAGAUCAAGACGAUCGGUUGGAAGUGGUCCGUUCGUUCGAUGCUGGCAAAAUGUGUCCCGAGUUUGAGAUUAAGCUAGUGCACACGAAAAGCACAGAAGCGUCAGAGGACAUGAGCACGUUUGUGCUUGAAUUUUGGGCCCGUGGAACCUACUCCCGGCCGAUGUACCGAUUCUCCACCUGGUCUACGAUAGUGUGCGUGGACUACGAGUUUCGCAAGAGCAUGAUGGUGUUCGGUGGCACUAGUGAUGGGACCUUGCAGAUGUGGCUGGGAGAUGCCGAUCGAUGUCACAGUGAGGUCUUGCCGCCGCAUCAGAUCGUAGCAUCGAAGGUGCCUCGGAAGCACACGCUCAGCUGCUGGGAAUUGGUAGCUGUCAAGGUGCUGCCAGUGCCGAUCGUUCGGGACAGUAGCUUGGAGAUUGGAAGUGAGAAUGCGUUCAAUCAGGUAUUUGGACUGUUCUCUACCGGGAUCAUCGUCGUGUGGAACGUUCAGACACAGCAACAUGGCGCCGUCCGUGCAGACGAUGUACUGAGUGCAAAGUUAGGCACUCCAGGCGUUACGCUGGUACAAUCGAAGGUGGUAGACUUAACCAGCCGUAUCGGAGGUCGUUUACCGUACGAUGCUUUGCGUACUUUUGAGAAUCUCCUGCUGCACGAUCAUCAUCAGAUGGUAAUGUCUAGCGGUCAUGCCGUGAUUCUGCUGAGCCACUUCGUCCAAUCGGAGUACGAUCCUGUGCUGUUGAUUCAACCUGACUCUUCUCACUCGAUCGUUAAUCUGAAGCGGAUGGUACAAGCGAACGAUACACUGUUUGUGCUGUACUCCAACAAAACGGUGCGCGUGCUAAAACUCUGCACCGAGCCGGGUGGCCGUGAGUCGGCCCAGAACCACCAUCACAAGCACGACGAUCAGCCGCAUCUGAUGCUGAGCGUUUGCACCAAGAAAUCCUGCACCAUCCAGAGCAUCGUGCACGAUGAGGCUAAACGAUAUGGUAACGGGAACGGAGCGAGUGAAGGUCGAGCGGAUGGUGGUGGGAGGACGCUGGUUCCGAAAGUAACCGAUCGUGGCGAGAAAGGAGAGGGUGAAGCAUUCGCCAAACCACGCUUUCACCACGGCCAGCAGAUAUUGUUUUUCGAUGCCCAACAUCCGAACGGUAUGCUCAAGGACGUUUCUUAUCGCGAGCGAAGGUUGGUUUAGGUUUGGUGAAAAUUGGAAUAGGAUUAAACAUUGUGUUUUUUUUUUCUUAAUCAAGUUUAUUUUGAACGUAAUACAACAUCAUACAUGUGUAGAAACAGACAA